AUGGUCGGCCGCGACUCCCGCUCUCCCUCUCCCUCUCGCCGCCGGUCUCGUUCGCCAGAACGACGAAAGCUGCCUCAUGACGCGGAACCUUUAUCAGAAGCCGACUAUUUCCUCAAGAGCUCUGAAUUCAAAGUGUGGCUCAAAGAAGAAAAGGACCGGUACUUUGACGAGCUUUCCGGCGAGAAAGCGCGCAGCUACUUUCGCAAGUUCGUGAAGGCGUGGAAUCGAGGGAAGCUGUCUAAAUCCCUAUACCUCGGCGUAGAACCCACAGCUCAAUCGGCCACCGCCUACAAAUGGUCCAUCAAAACUUCCGGCGAUGACUUGUCGAAGAUGAAGACUGCGCGCACCGAGGUGGAAUCGGCGAACUACGAAGUCCACCGCUCCGCCCGGACUUCGACGGCGGCCAGCGGCAGCCGCACGAUUGGCCCUUCGAUGCCAUCGCGGGAAGACGCCGUCCUAGCCCGCGAAGCAGAGGAAGAAGCUCAGGCAGCGGGGCGAAGCUUUAAGCGGAAGCGAGACAGACUGGAGGCCAAGGAGCGCAUCGAGGAGAUGGUCGGACCGAAAGAGGUGGGCCGGGCAGGCAUGCUGGAGGCAAAGCGGGCAAGACGAGAGAAUGACCGAGCCUAUCGCGAGAGCCGAGACGACUCGAUUGCGGAAGUCGACGAGGUGACGCUUGGACUAGGAGGCGGCGACUCCUUCCAAGAGCGCAUACGGCAGAGGGACGCCGCUCGGAAGCGGGCAGAGGAGCGCAAACACGGGGGGAGGGCUCAGCACCAGGUAGAGACCAAGGAACGCAGUGAGGCCAUACGGCAGAAGGAGCACGAUACAAUGGAGAUGUUCAAGCGGAUGGCAGCUGAGAGAUUUGGGUGA